AUGCAGACUGCUUCUACAAACAUUUGUGAAAGACUGUGCAAUAAGUCCAUCUGUGAAAUUUCCUUGCUACUAAAUAUUCCACGGUCAACUGUUAGUGGUAUAAAAACAAAGUGGAAGCAACUGGGAACAACAGCAACUCAGCCAUGAAGUGGUAGGCCACGUAAAAUGAUACAGUAGGGUUAGCGCAUGCUGAAGCUCACAGUGCGCAGAAGUCACCAACUGCCUGCAGAGUCAAUAGCUAAAGACCCCCAAACUUUGUGUGGCCUUCAGAUUAGCACAACAGUGUGUAGAAUGAGUUUCCAUGGCCGAGCAGCUGCAUCCAAGACUUACAUCGCCACGUGCAAUGCAAAGCAUCAGAUACAGUGGUAUAAAGCACACCACCACUGGACUCUA